GACUGGGGCCCGCUACGUGCCCUGCGUCUCCUCGCGGCGCCAGCAGCUCCCCGCGUCGGCAGGGAGCCAGCAGCGCCCAAGUUAUUAAUGAAGGGGCCGGGCGGCGGCGGGUGAGGAGCGGCAGCAGCAGCUGCUGCUGUAGGGGCAGGUCAGGGCUGCGGAGGCUGCGCGACGGGAGACGCUCGCCUCGCCGCCUUCCACCUGCAGCCAUUUGCCUAGGGCGGGCUCCGGCGCAGGGCGAGGGACACCCGAGCAGCCGCUGCCGGGACAGCGCUUGGGUCGCGCUCUGCACGGGGCGCGUCCAUGAACAGCAGCGCCGGCUCCGGAGGCGAGAUGGAGGAAGAUGCUCCCCUGACUCACCUCAGCGGAUGGUCUGCAGAGCAGGCAGCGGGAAGCACUGGGACUCCAGCAGCAGGGAAGGAGAAGCAGCACCAAGUAGCAGCGGGGAGCUCAGCCCACAGCCUGCUGCUUCCUCGCUCCCUCCCUGUGCUGUACAGACACAAUGUUGAUAGUAACAAACAGGAUAUAUUCCAGAGGAAGAAGAAUGCUGUCUUGGUGAAUGGUGUCAUUCUGAAUGGCCCGAUAACAGAUUCAAAAGCAGGAGAGAAAUUUGUAGAAGAGGCCUGUAAGAUCAUAAUGGAGGAGGUCAUACGGAAAGCUGCUGAUGUAACAGAGAAGGUUUGUGAAUGGCAGCCUCCUGAAAAACUGAAAAAACUUCUCGAUCUGGAAAUGAGGGAUACCGGAGAGCCCCAUCAGAGACUCUUGCAACUUUGCCAGGACAUUAUACGAUACAGCGUCAAAACUAAUCAUCCAAGAUUUUUCAAUCAGUUGUAUGCUGGUAUUGAUUAUUACUCUUUAGUGGCUCGUUUCAUUACAGAAGCAUUAAACCCAAGUGUAUAUACAUAUGAGGUGUCCCCCGUGUUUUUGUUAGUGGAAGAAGCAGUCCUGAAGAGAAUGAUUGAAUUUGUUGGCUGGAAAGAAGGUGAUGGCAUAUUUAAUCCAGGUGGCUCUGUUUCUAAUAUGUAUGCUAUGAACUUAGCUAGGUAUAAAUAUUGUCCUGACAUAAAGGAAAAGGGGCUUUCAGGGUUGCCAAGACUGGUCCUGUUUACAUCGGAAGAGUGUCAUUACUCCAUGAACAAGGCAGCUUCUUUCCUGGGCAUUGGCACGCAGAAUGUUUACUUCAUCACAACAGAUGAAAGAGGUAAGAUGAUACCUGAGGAACUGGAGAAACAAGUCCAGCGGGCCAGGAAAGAGGGGGCAGCACCAUUUCUUGUCUGUGCCACAGCUGGUACAACUGUGUUGGGAGCAUUUGAUCCUCUGGAUAAAAUAGCUGAUAUCUGUGAAAAACAUGGCCUUUGGCUGCAUGUGGAUGCAUCUUGGGGUGGCUCAGCUUUGAUGUCAAGGAAGCAUCGCAAGCUUCUGCAUGGCAUUCACAGGGCUGAUUCUGUUGCCUGGAAUCCCCAUAAAAUGUUGAUGGCAGGAAUCCAGUGCUGUGCUCUUCUGGUGAAAGACAACUCUGACCUGCUUAAGAAAUGCUACUCUGCCAAGGCCUCCUACCUGUUCCAGCAGGACAAGUUCUAUGAUGUCAGCUACGACACAGGAGACAAGUCUAUCCAGUGUAGCAGACGACCAGAUGCAUUUAAAUUCUGGAUGACAUGGAAGGCAUUGGGAACUACAGGACUUGAGGAAAGAGUAAACCGAGCCCUUGCCUUAGCUAGAUAUCUAGUAGAUGAAAUUAAGAAAAGAGAAGGAUUCCAGCUGCUGUUGGAGCCAGAGUAUGCGAACAUUUGCUUUUGGUACAUUCCAUCAAGCUUAAGAAAAAUGGAGGAAGGACCUGAGUUUUGGGAGAAGCUCCAUCAGGUUGCUCCUGUAAUUAAAGAGAGAAUGAUGAAGAAAGGCAGCAUGAUGUUAGGGUACCAACCCCACCGUGGCAAAGUCAACUUCUUUCGCCAGGUAGUGAUCAGUCCCCAGGUGAGCCGUGAGGACAUGGACUUCCUGCUGGACGAGAUUGACUUGCUUGGCAGAGACUUGUAGCUGUAGGUCAGCAGCACCAGGCGCUGCUUAUAUGCCUGAUGAUUACCGAUCAAGAAUGCUUGUAGCCUACUGGGUAUUAUAUUUUGUAACAGGUAGUUGAAAGUGCAACAAGUAGCGAUACUAAGGAUUUCGCAGGUAGAGUACCUCUGGACUUGAGCAUCUGUUCUUACAAGUGGUCAUAGCUGUGCCACUGCUUACAGCAGCUGCCUAAAUGUCACCCUCACUACCAUUUGGAGAAGCAUCACCUUCUGAGAAUGAUCUCCUAUAUGCUAAUUUGGCAGGUACUGGUGAACAGACUGGGCCAGAUUGGCCACUGACAUAAGUGGGCAUGAUAUCGUUAACUUCAGUGGAGUCAUGCCUGCUUAUAUCAGCCAUGAAUUUAGCUCAGUGAGUAUUAAAAUCAAAGCACAUCUCUGAUACAUUAAGAUUUUAGCCUGGCAUGCAUUUAAGGAUAAAGGCCCAGUUGGUGAUUGAACUAGUAAGGCCUCAUGCUAGGGGUCCUGUGGCUCUCUUAAUGAAAGCCCCUAAACCAGCAAAUUGUCCAGCACAAAAUGGGCCCAAUCAGCGUUUGACCACACAUAAAUCUAUCAUGAUUUUAGCAGAGCUGAGAAUGUUGGAAUGAAGAGAGUCUCAUUUUUUAACUUUUUGUCAACAGGAGAUAUGUAUAGUUUCUGAACUACUGUUCAUAUUUCCUUUCUUUUUAAAGUGUAAACAGUUCUUUAGCAGCUUUAGACGCAUGAUAAAAUUUUAACCAAAAAGUUAGAAAAGUAUAUUUAUCUUAAAGGGGUGUGGUUUUUAUGCAGCGUAGCUAUUUAUUAAGAAUUGAUGUAACAAAGCAUUGUUUUUCUCAUGGUUCCUUAUAAUUUUCCUACAGAUUUAAAAAAUGCUAGCUCUCGUGUGAUCAGUGUGUAAUUCUUUUUUGGCAUUAAACUUAAGCUGCUGUAUAAGUUAAAAUUUGUCUGUGAUUUUAGCAUAUGAACAUUGUUAAAAAAAUAAUAAGUGAAAUACCAAAAUUAAAUUCUAACCUUUAUAGUUAUUCAGAAUUACAGCAGAUUUUGACAAAUAAUUUUGUGAGUGAUCUAGUUUAAUCCUUUCUGUCUAUAAAAUGAUUCUUUCAACCAUAAAAAUAGAAAUCAUAAAUGUAUCUUUGGGAGUUCUAGCAGUAAAUUUAAGGAAAUGGCCACAUUUUUCACUUUUAACUUGUGACACUAACUUACUUUGAUGUUUUAUUCUUUGUUCCAUAAUCUGUCUUUGAGGAAGCACUGACCAAUAUGAACUUUCUUGUUGUAAUAUAUCUGUAUUGCUGAAAGCUGUCUUUAAAUGCGGUGCUGGAUGUUUUCAUUUCAUGUAUUGUGGUAGUAUCCAGUAUUGUAGAACAUUCCCAUUUUUAGUCUCCAAGACAUCAGUGUGGAAAGUUCAUCAGUAUCAGUCACACUGUCAGUGCAGUAGAUGGGAACAAGAGCUUGAUAGACCUCUGUAGAGUAUAUGGGAAUGGAUACUUUUUAGCCAUUGUCCACCAUUGAUGAUAUUGGGGAGUUCUUGAUAAAAAUCAUUGGCAUAAUCUAAUCUUUUGUUUUUGCCUGUAAUACUUACUGGUUCACAUCAUCAAACACUACCUGUGAUUAAGGCUCUGUGUUUGUCAUGGACCUCCAUGACUUCUGCAGCAGCUGGUGUGCCUGGCUGUUGCUGGGGCAGUCUUGGGCCCCCCGACCCUCCAGCAGCAGGAGUUUGGGAGUGGGGGGGGCCCUAAGGACUAGGUAUGGAGGUGUGGGCGGUGAUUACCUGGAGGGGGGAGGGCUUCUCUCCCUCAGCUUCUAGCUCCACGUGCUGCAUCUGCCUGCAGGCACCACUCCCGCAGCUCCCAUUGGCCGUGGUUCCCAGGCAAUGGGAGCUGCAGAACCAGGACUUGGGGCUGAGUGGAGGCAGCAGCACGUAGAGCAAAGGAGCCGGGUAGGGAGCCUGUCCCAGCCCCCCUCCCCCACAAUACCCCCCCCACAGCGCCCCCCCCGGGCUGCUACUCCCCCCCCCAAGCACCCGAGGCGCCCCCCUGGGCUCCACCCUGCUCCCCAGUACCUGCAGUGCCCCCGCUGGAGCACCCGUGGUAUCCCCCCGGCCGCGCCCUAUCCCAAGCACCUGUGGUUCCCCCCCCACCCCCAAGUUUUAGCCAGGGAUAUACAGUAAAAGUCAUGGACAGAUCAUAGGACAUGAAUUUUUGUUUACUGCCCAUGAUCAGGCCAUGACUUUUACUAAAAAUACCUGUGACUAAAACAUAGCCUUACCUUUGACUUCUGGGUAUACCAGCCAUCAUAAAAACAUAAUUUAAAGCCCUGAUCCAGCAAAGGACUCAAGUACCUGCUUAAAGUUAAGCACUCGGCAGGUCAGGGCCCAAUUACUCUGGUAGACAGCCACCCCCUCUUGACUGGUGUGCAAAGAACCUAAAGAGCGCUGAGUUCUCACAAUUGCUUUGCUGUUGCUUCUUGAGAUAGAUCCUGUAGAGUAACCAUUCUCCUUCUCUGGCUUAGAAAGAAAGUGUCAGCGUUUUCUGAUUCCGGCCCAGAUACUCAGCUGAUAAAAACCAGCCUGGCUCCAUUCGCUUGAAUAGAGCUAUCCCAGCUUAUACCAGCUGACGGUUUGGUCCUCUGUCAUUACUAUUGUGAAAAGUGUCACCAUGCGAUUACAUUCAUUUUAACAAAUUACUGCUUUCCUUUAUUUCCAGUGAUUGAGACAGUCACCGUUCACUUCUGGUUGUCUGUCUGAAACACCAUAGUUCCAAUUCUGUCAUAGCAGUAGCUGUAUUUUUAAACAAAAGCCAAAUUGAACUUUUUUUGAAUGUUUGCACAAAAUAUUUCUUGGAUUUACCCUUGCACUGUAUUUGCUUUCUUGAAAGGUGAAGGUUAACCUUAAAGUAUGAUGGAAUUAACUUAUUUGAGCUCUGUAUUUUCUCUGUUGCCGUCCGCUCCCUGUAAUGCCUGAGGUAUGUAAUAAGCGGGUCCUUCUUCAGGAUUGUAACAGCAUUUUCCUAUAGUAGCUUAUUUAGACCUAAUAAAUGCAAAAUGUCUAUUUUUUAGUCAAUGAUUUGAAUAAAAAGUAAAGUAAAUGACUCU